GACGAGCACAUUGCAGGUUUCUUAUUGACUAACUAGUUGACUCUUUUGCAUUCAGCAAUUUAUUUCUUUUUUUUUCAUCAUAGCUGGAGCUGCUUUUCAUGAACUGUUAACAUUUUUCUUUAUUUAGAUAGCAUUGAGUAUUUUCAAAUGCUAUUGUGUUUAUUUUAUAAAUGGGCCUUGUAAAGAUAAAGUACUGCUGCUGUACAGAGGAAAGUUUCAUUUAUAUCCGUGAUAUGCAAUUUGACUCUAUUUUGGUGAUCUUGCUUUGAAACAACUGCACAGUCGUGGAUGCGAAUGCAGAAGCACAUUGGGUUCACUUGGAAAGAUCAAGUCCCUUCACUAAUUCCAUGUGACUUUCAUUAUCAUUUCUGACUGGGAUUAGUUGAACAGUAAACCGUUUUAUUUUUAAGUUUAAGCAUUGUGUUUGAAGAGAGCAACCCAAAUUGAAAAUAGUCAUGGAGCUUACAAUAAACGUUGAUGAAACCACCAGAAAUGGCAGUCUGCUCUUUAAAGCAGCCAGAACAAACGACACUAGGGCUAUGAAGAAGCUGCUGGAAAGUACAGAUGUGGAUCCAUUUAUCAGAGGCAACCUUGAAGAGACCAUACUUCAUACAGCACUUCUAAAUGGUAACAAAGAUGUCAUGGAGGUGAUUGUGGAGAUGGUACCAAGUUUGAUCAAUGAGCCCAUGACCUCAGAAAUGUACAAAGGUGAAACUCCUCUACAUAUCGCCAUCUUGAAGCAGGAUAUAAGCAUGGUACAUUACUUACUGCAGCAUGGCGCUGAUCCCAUCCAUGCGCGAGCCAAUGGUUCGUGUUUCGUACCUGGGCAAUACGGCCAGUGCUAUUAUGGGGAAUACGUGCUUUCGUUUGCGGCCUGCUUGGGGAAUGAAGAAAUUGUUACAUUGCUUCUUAAGCAUGGAGCUCCUUUACAAGCCCAAGACUCCUUAGGAAAUACAGUACUACACGUGUUAGUUCUUCAGGCAGACAAGGAGUUAGCAUGUUUCAUGUACGAUAUUGUGACAUCACUUGUCACAAACAAGCAAAAGCAUAAAGUACAAAGCAUUGAGAACAGCAAUGGUUACACUCCCCUCCAACUGGCUGCAGCUGAGGGUGACACUCAGAUGUUCAACUAUUUAGUGCAAAAACAAAAAAGAACCUACUGGACAAUGGGGACGAUAUCGUAUUGUGUUUAUGACUUGACCCACAUUGACACAUGGGGUGAUCACAAAUCGGUGCUGGACAUAAUAACUAGCAGCAAAAAGAUGCAGGUUCGCAAGCUAGUUGACAUUAGGCCAGUGAAAGAACUGCUUCAUCAUAAAUGGAAAACCUUUGGAUUGAAAUACUUCAUGCUCUGGAUGAUCAGCUAUAUUGCAUACACUUCCAUUUUUACUGCUGUCUGCCUUUACCGGCCUCUGAAGAGAAUGCCAGACAACCAGACUGACAACUUUACAGUCAUGAUACAAAAAACUCUUGCAGAAUCCUACCAGACCAAAGGAGAUUAUAUUCGGCUUAGUGGAGAGCUCUUCACCAUCUUGGGAGCCGUGGUUAUACUUGCUAGUGAGGUACCUUAUCUUGCAAGAAUCGGGCCGAGGAACUUCUUUGGAAAUGCAUCAAUUGGAGGACCAUUUCCUUUGCUAAUGGUUGCUUUCUCAUUUUCAAUAUUUAUAGCAGUAGUUUUCAGAAUACUUGGAAUGGAAGAAGAGUCUAUACCUCUUUCAGUGGCUUUAAUUAUUGGAUGGUGCAAUACCAUAUACUUUGCCCGGGGAUUCAGAAUGCUAGGACAGUUCAGUAUCAUGAUCCAAAAGAUUAUAUUUGGAGACCUUUUACAAUGGUGCUGUCUGUUGUUUAUCGCUAUUAUUGCAUUUUCAUCUGCACUUUACAUUUUGUUUCAGACGCUAAACUUAAAAAAUUAUCCAUAUUUCCGAGACUUCCAGAUGACACUAUAUACUGCAGUGGAGCUCAUGAUGGGUCUCAUUGACUUUCCCAUACCUUACAACAAUGUGACACCCAGUUUCAUUUACAUCGUCUAUGUUCUAUAUAUGAUUUUUGCUUAUCUGCUGAUGCUUAACCUUCUCAUUGCCAUGAUGGAUGAUACAUACUGGAGAGUUGCUCAAGAGAGAGAAGAACUCUGGAAAGUGCAGAUUGCAGCAACCAUUUUACUUCUGGAAAAACGCAUCCCAAAAUUUCUGAGACAUCGCUCAGGUGUUCCAGGGAUCACUUUAGGAUUCAAUGAUGACGACAAAUGGUAUUUUGGGGUUCAAGAGAUUAUUCCUGAAGAAAAAGGAAAAAUUCAAGCUGGUGGCAUCCACAUGGUUAAAUCUGUGGGUUGGGAAGUGAUUAGAAGCAAUCUAUCAAAAAUUGCUAACAUGAAAGAAUAUUCUGAGUCUACGCCAUUUUAAUGUUUUUUUCUAUAUAUUUCUUUUUAUAAAAUUUUCCUUUUCUUGCAGUUUCUAAUAAUAAAUAAACAAAUACAAAAACAUUUGACACUUUAUAUUCAAAUGAAGUCGAUUGCUGGGGAUCAAACAUAUCACAAAGCCCUACUUGUGCUGAUGCAGUGUAUUCAAAUCCCUAAAUCUGUCAAACAUUCAGUCAGUCAUUUGAAUCCUCUUAUGGUUUAGCCAGAGUUGUAGCCUGCAUCAAGUUUAUUCUUUGCUUAAUGGUUUUGUUUUUUGAAUUAUAUUUGCUAUUAUAUGUUGUUGAUUAUAUUCAUUUGCCUUUUUUAAUUAAUGAAGGUUUAUGUUUUUUGUUCAUAUUCUAAAUACAUUUGCUUUAAUUCAGUGUGUUUUUGGGUGGAACCCAAACAGACAGGGACACCCAGAUGUAACUGCUAAAGGACCACCCUCACCCUCCAGAUAGAUACUGAUUUUUGUGGUUUCUGUAUUUAUUGCCUCUCUCUUUGGAUUUUUGAAUCUGGGAUUACACAUCUGGACUAGUUGGCUGUGGUUUGCCAUUUUUAGGCAAACCCUGUUGUGUUAUUUUUGCUCUUUGCUAUUUGUGUUCAUGUGUUGUUUAAAUUAAAUAAAAUUUUUAUAAAGGUUC